CACACGCUAGGGUUUUUGCCCAAAUCUAGAGAGAGAGAGAGAGGAGAACAGAAGAGAGAGGCACAGAGCGAAAAUGGUGAAAUUCUUGAAGCAAAACAAGGCCGUAAUCGUCCUCCAAGGACGUUACGCUGGACGCAAAGCCGUCAUCAUCCGUAACUUCGACGACGGAACUCGCGAUCGUCCCUACGGUCACUGUUUGGUCGCCGGAAUCAACAAGUACCCAAGCAAGGUUAUCCGUAAAGAUUCAGCUAAGAAAACCGCUAAGAAGUCACGAGUGAAAGCCUUCGUGAAGCUCGUUAACUACCAGCACUUGAUGCCGACUCGUUACACACUCGAUGUUGAUCUCAAGGAUGUUGUUAACGUUGAUGUUCUUCAAUCUAAGGAUAAGAAGGUCACGGCUUUGAAGGAGGCGAAGAAGCGUUUCGAGGAGAGGUUCAAAACUGGAAAGAACCGAUGGUUUUUCACCAAGCUCAGGUUUUAAAUCAAUGUAUGGAAAUGGAAGAUUAUGAGAGAGCAAAAUUUGGUUUUUAGAUUUUUGGGUAUUUUUCUAAACGAAUGUUUUUGUUUCUUGCUCUUUUUUUUAAUGGAUAUUUUUGAGUUAAAAAAUACUUAUUAUUAGGUUCUAUUUUGAUCUUAAUUAUGUUGUUUUGUGUUAAGUCGAUGAAAUUAAUUUUGGUAUUUAUAUCA